AUGUACGCCGCUCAGAAUAUAACGCCAACAGUUUUGGAUGCCAUGAAUGGAAAUGUUUCCGAAUGGUAUAACGAAUGCGACAAUGCCAUUAGAAGGUCAGAAAUAGUUCCUGGAACUUACGAAUAUACAACUGCUGUUUCUUAUGGAAAUGUAGGUGAGUUUGGUGAAGGUUCUUCAACAACAGUAGAUAUUGCUUGCGACAGGUUUCAUAUAAUUUCUAUUGACAACUCAUUCUUAUACGUGGAACAAGACAUUGAAAUAAAACCUUCUGCCAAGUUGUCUGACAAGAAAGGUUGCAAUGGAAUUUUCUAUGUCGGAUACCAAUAUGCUCCAGAAGUUUUCAUGGGAUAUAAGAUAUAUUCUAACUCUGACUUAGUUCAAACAGUAACAUGGGCAAACUAUGAAUGGUUCGCUUUGAGAAACUCAGUACAACCACAAGCUAGAGAACAAACAGACCAAUAUGCAACUAUUGAGAAAAUAAGAAGACUUGACCCUAACGUUCCAGGAGUUUAUGUUAACCUUUCUGGUUCAGAUGGAAAUGCUGUCACUAAAGUAAAACUGAAACUUAGAGUUCCUUUGUCAUCUUUCCUCAUCUUCAGGUUUUUAAGAUACUUGCCAAACUGGGCAGGAAAAAUUUCUAUUGAACUUACUCCAAGCAAAAAUAACUUAGUCAUUGCACCAACGCAAGACCCAUUCACUCUUACAGAC